AUGUCACUGAAGACGAAGAAACCGGAUUCGAUCCGGGAAGACGACGACGAGUGUUUAUUCGCCGUCGAAUACGACGGCCCGCCGUUAUCCUACGACAUCCCUCGCGCCGUUCCGAUUAACAUGGAGAGAAUCCCAGUCGCCGCCGUGGUUUCUCCGGUCUGCAUCUCCGACGACAUGUCGUUUCCCGUGAUUCAGCCGAUUCUAGCCGUGGAUCCUCUGAGCAACAAGAAGUUUCUGAGAGAAAUGGUCGUUGUUCCUUCUUCCGCGAUUAGCAAUUGCGGCGGAGGCGGAGGAGAAGAAUCCAGCGACAUUGAAUUAGUCUCCGAUUCCAUCACUGUCUCUCCUACUUCCGUCAUCGUCUUCGAGGAGCAGACGGAGGAGGAAAACGGCGCCGAUUGCGAGCUGAGCAGCUCGAACUGCGGAUUAUCCGGCGAGUUAUCCGAAUCGGUGAAUCGUCAAGAGAAAGAAGAAGAGAGCUUAGAUUUGAACGAUUCAUGUAACGAAUCGGUUCUAAGCAUCGAUUAUCCAUCUUCGAGAGUUACAGGAGAUUGCGUGAGUGAAACAAACGGAGAUAGGAAGCAGCAACCAGUUGUGACGUUCUUAGGUAUUGCUUCCGAUGAUGAGGAAGAAGAAGACUGUAGCAACCAGAAGCGGAUCCGUGUGGCUCCGGUGAAGAAACAGCCGCAAACAAAAGGGAAGAAAGGCUCUUGCUACAGAUGUUUCAAAGGGAGUAGAUUCACGGAGAAAGAAGUUUGCCUUGUGUGUGAUGCCAAGUACUGUAGUAGCUGUGUGCUUAGAGCUAUGGGGUCGAUGCCUGAAGGAAGGAAAUGCGUUUCUUGUAUCGGUUUCCCUAUAGAUGAAUCUAAGCGAGGGAAUUUGGGGAAGUGCUCGAGGAUGCUUAAGAGGCUGCUUAAUGACUUGGAAGUGAAGCAGAUUAUGAAGACUGAGAGGUUCUGUGAAGCUAAUCAGUUACCUGCAGAGUAUGUGUAUGUGAAUGGGCAGCCUCUUUACCAUGAAGAGCUUGUGACGCUGCAGACUUGCUCUAAUCCUCCGAAGAAGCUUAAACCUGGAGAUUAUUGGUAUGAUAAAGUGUCUGGACUUUGGGGAAAGGAAGGAGAGAAGCCUUAUCAGAUAAUUAGUCCUCAUUUGAAUGUUGGAGGUUCUAUUAGUGCUGAAGCUAGCAAUGGGAACACUCAGGUUUUCAUAAACGGACGUGAGAUUACGAAAGUGGAGCUAAGAAUGCUGCAGUUGGCAGGAGUGCAAUGUGCAGGGAAUCCUCAUUUUUGGGUGAACGAGGAUGGUUCGUAUCAAGAAGAAGGACAGAAGAAUACCAAAGGAUACAUAUGGGGAAAG